GUUCGUAGGGUUCUGUUGAGCUGUAGAAAAUGUGUCGAUCGCUGAAAGCUGAAUACGUGCGAAUGGCCAUCGCUGGCUGUUCCGUAAUGGUUUCCUUUCUGAUUUUGGAGUUCACGUGGCUGGAGAAUGACAAGUGCUGUGAAAUAAGUGUGUGGAAUCACGUUUGUGUGCUGCAGAUCAUCGGUGGGAUCUGCCUAUUCGUGGGUUCCUUGAAGAAUAAUCACUGGCUUUUUUUGCCCUGGAUGGUGGCUUCCAUCAUUUUGAUUUAUACGCUGUCGUACAAGUCCAUUCUCUAUUUAACCCAUCUGGAGGGCAGAAUGUUGAUGAUGGUUCCCCUACUUCCAUUUAUAGCAGGUAUCUGGUCGUAUUUCGUGUACGAUGUCUUUCAGGACUUUCUCCAACUGCAAAGUGAAUCGAUCAAGAUAAUCUCCAUAAUGGAGUCGGUGCGAACGGAGUAUUAACGCGCGUUUUUACCCAGUGAAACGCAAUUGAGCUGAGUGUAAGGGCAAAUAAGUGUGAACAUUGCGGUCGGUGUGUGUUGUUUGCUUGGGGGUGUGCUUUUGUAGCCAAAAGUAAAAUAAGCGUUAAAAUGUCUGCUAACCCAGUGGAAGUCUGCUCUUGCUUCUGGGUCUGGGUCUCUUCUGGGGGCUCUUGCGGUAUCGUUGCAUGCGUAUUGCAUUACCCAGUCACCCAAGCACCCACUCGCACCCCUUUUUGCCACCCCUCUCGGCACAAAGUGGCGUAUGAAUAGAUACAUGUUUUGUUGCCUGUUUUGUUUGCCAACCCCUCCUCGAAAUCCCCACCCCCGACUGUCUGUGGACUGGUUGUCGUAAUCCAACAAGCAGACAGGUUAAAUACACCGCAAGGACAGACUCGCACACACAUUGGGGCUGCUGGAAAAAAGUGUGACAAAGAUGGUGGGGAAAGGCGGAAAAGCGGCGGGAAAUGGGGAAAAUUCGGGGAGGCAACUCGAGCCGCGAUUCGGUUGGGAAGCAGACGACGCAUCCAAACAAACAAUAAUCAUGCAACAAUAGUGAGAGCCGCAAACAAAUUGCUUUUCUAUGUAUAUGCUGGUGUAUAGGGAGAUGUCUGCACAGGGGAAAAAUAAUCCAUAUCCAUAAGAUACUCUGUAAGCUCAAAAAAUGUAAAAUAUAGAUCAA